AUGGGCGGCGCGCGAGCGCGGGUGCUCAGCUUGUGCCUCAGCCUCUGCUCGUUGGCAUUGCUCGUCACGGCAAUUUUCACCGACCACUGGUACGAAACUGAUCCCCGGCGCCACCGGGAGAGUUGCGAGGACCGCGCCGGCAGCGCCCACUCCCCCGACCAACGCCGCCGACUCCUGCCGCUGCCGCACCUGCCCCUGCGUGAUGCCAAGCCACGGGUCCCCCGCGGAGGCAGUGCGGAGGCAGUUCCUCCACCGGGAACGGCUGUGCAACUAGAGAACUGGAGAACGCUCCUGGGGCUCCGGUGGCUGCAAUCUCGGUGCGGCCGGCCGCUCUUCGCCACUUACGCGGGUCUCUGGAGGAAAUGCUACUUCUUAGGUGACCAAGAUCUGGAUACCCUACUGGACAGAGGUAUUGCUCAAAGAUGUACAUCAAUCAAGUAUCACUUUGCCACACCAAUAAGACGCUUAUGGAACUUCCCUAUCAAUUUAACAAAGAUUAUCCAGCAGGAUGAAUGGCACUUGUUACGUAAAUCUAAGAAGAUUACAGCAGGUUUUCUUGGCAUGGCAGCAGCUGCUCUUUGUGGGUGCAUUGUAAUUGCAGUUGGUUUCUUUUGGGAGAAAAGCCUCACACAGCAUGUUGCUGGUCUUCUUUUCCUCAUGUCAGGCAUCUUUUGCACUAUUUCUCUCUGUACUUAUGCAACAAGUAUAUCCUUUGACUUAAACCGCCUUCCCAAAAUCAUCUAUGGUCUGCCUGAUGAUGUUGAACAUGGAUACAGCUGGUCUAUAUUCUGUGCAUGGUGUAGUUUAGGACUUAUAGUAGCAGCAGGAUGCCUUUGUACCACUUACCCACUUAUUAGCAGGACAAAAAUUAGCCAUCUAAAAUCUACCAGAGACUCUUCUGUAUGACUUAUUAUGGGGAUCCUUUUUUUGUUUAUAAGGCAACAGGAAGAUACAUAAGGGAGCUUAAUUCAGAAUCCAAGCACAAACAAACCCCGGAUCCCUUUAAAUACUGAACAUUGACUUAGUAGCCAGGAAACACAAAGGACAUCUAUGUUUCCAUGGUGGCUGAUAUACCAAGUUCAGACAGCAAAACUGUUGUGGAACUAAUGGUAAUUUAGCACAAUGUAUAUGCACAUGUCACCAAAUGAAAUGGAACUAUUUCUACUUGAACAAGUAAACUGUGUUGAUGUUUCAUUUGCUAUUUGCUAUCCAGUAUCAUGAGGUUCAGCUUAAUGGCCAUAUAACUUGAAAAUAAAUAAAAUGGCUUUAAAAAGAUAACUUGCUAUACAAGGUUAAAACAACAAAAAGCACUGCCAUAUUAUCCAGUUGGUAAGAAUGUUUCUUUAUUUUAAUUAUAUUUUAUAUUAUUUUUGUCUUGUUAGGUGAUACUUAGUCUUCUCUAUUAUUUUAGUAGUUAUUAGAAUGAUGUAUGGGAGAGGUUUCAAAGAUUUCUUGUGUAAGAAAUGAAUGAAUCAUUUCUUUUAGAAGAAACGAAAGGUUCUAGAGUCGAAUGACUUCCAGAAGGGGGUAGGCCACUUUACGUAGGAAAAUUUAUGCCUAUACUUCCUUGAAACAUUUUCAUGUUUCAUAUACAAUCGAAUGCCAUAUUUACAAAAAUGAAAUGUAUAAAAUGAAUUACAGCAUUUGCAUUAUUGGAAAUAAUGCAUACUGUGGUGUUUCAGUUUUUUUGUCUAAAAAUAAUGGCAUAUCUUCUAUUAAUAAAAUUCUUGAACAAAUUACUUGGAUAUGGCUCUUCUUAUAAACAAUACAGCCACAAAUACAAAGGAUAUUCUUUAUUUUGGUUACACCCGUUUCAAUUUAAUACAUGCAUUCCUGAAUUUCUUAAGGACAAAUCUACCUAUGUGAAGUAGAGCCUACAUCAGCUCUUGCCUACCUUUGCAGCAAUUCCAUGGUACCAAUGCAAAAGAAAAAAAAAAGUACCUUUACAUAUCAAAUUAAUUCUCAGCUAUUUCCAGUACUGUAACGCUAAGAGACAAAGUAUGGGCAUGCCACUAUUGUUUUUUUGUAACUGUCAAUGGCACUGGCCAUCCUUAAAAUGGACAUACCAUAUACUGCCAGCAAAAAUCAUUCUUCAUAACUGACAUUGCUCCAAAUAUACCUGAUGUUGCCAUAUGACUAUGGUAGGUCAUGACCAUUACAUGAAACAACUGGAGUAUUCUCUUUAGGUUCUUAGAAUUUAUAGAUGAACAGGAGGGAUAAUAUAAUCAAUUUUCUACAUUACCAUUCUUACACACGCAUUAUUAGGAAAUGCAAAUGUUAGACUUAAAAAGUUCCCUGAUUUUGAAUCAAUUUACAUAGUCCAAAUGGUUAUACUUUUCAUUGGUAAAUUAAUAUAUAGUAUUGGAAGUGUAACACAGCUAUUGCAUCUGAAUCAGAAUGGCUAAAACAGCUGACAGGCACUUAUGUAAUUUCUAAUCCACCAAGCAGAUAAAUAUAACUGCUUGAAUUAGACCAAAUUUCUUGAUUUUAUUAGGAAUGUUCGCAUAUAUUCUUUUUGCUUCUAUCUUCCUUCUGAAUACAAAUAAACAUACUUUUAUUGCUGGUUAAAGAUGAAUUUGUGUAAAAAGAGACCUGUCCUCAAAAUGUUUCCAGUGUGCAAAAAAUGCAUGGUUGCAAAAUUAGUCUUCUUGGGUUCCAGUGGUUUUUUGAAGUUUUGUAUUUUCAGAGACUUCCCAUACAAUUCUAGGAAAUAUACUAAAAACACAGUUUGGAUUUUCUUGCUACAAAGCACUGAUUUCUGAAGCAGGAUUAAUUAUGAUUUUCAGGCACAAAUCUGCUUAUAGUGCACUUAAAACAGUUAAUAUAAAAGGACUUCUAUUAAUUGGGAAUCUUCAUCUCCCAGAUUCAUAACACGGACUAUGAAAAGCAAUUGCCAAUGGUCUGAAUAAUGUUCAGCAAUGGACUAGCAUCCAGGAAACCUAUUUCAGAAGUUUUCUUCUGAAUAUCUUCCCAAAGAUCAGUUAGAUCCUGUACAUCAUUCCAUGAAGGCAGAGUAUAAUACAAUAUAGUACAAUGCACUAUGACACACCAAGCAUAAUUCUUGUCUAAUAUUGCAAAUGAUGUUGUGUAAGUGCCAAGAAU